GACUCUACACCGCUAACAGGGAUGCAGCGAGGGCGCAGCGCAGCCUGAAAAAUGGCACCAGCACGCGUCCUGUGGAUCUAUCCAUCCCUUCCCCUCCUGUCCUCCCUGCUUCUUCUUUUUCACGCGUUGUCGCCGUGCCGAGCCUUAAGGAAUUACCCGGAGAAUGAAGUUACGUUACUGGACUCUAUGUCAGCCUUGGCCGACCUGGGCUGGGAGGCUUACCCAAAUGAAGGGUGGGAGGAGAUCAGUGUGAUGGAUGAGAGGAAUACGCCGAUGAGGACGUACCAGGUGUGCAACGUCAUGGAGGCCAACCAGAACAACUGGCUGAGGACACGCCACAUCAGCCGCGAGGGAGCGCAGCGCGUCCACAUCGAGAUCAAGUUCACCCUGAGGGACUGUAACAGCCUGCCCGGGGUCCCUGGUACCUGCAAGGAGACAUUCAACAUGUACUACUAUGAGUCCAACAAUGCCAACCUGUGGUUCAUCAAGGAAAGCCAGUAUGUCAAGAUCGAUACUAUUGCUGCAGAUGAGAGUUUUACACAGGUGGACGUUGGUGACCGCGUGAUGAAGCUAAACACGGAGGUGCGGGAUAUCAGCAACCUGAGUAAAAAGGGCUUCUACCUGGCCUUCCAGGACUUGGGCGCAUGUAUCGCUCUGGUCUCAGUCAGGGUCUUCUACAAGAAGUGUCCUCUCACUGUUCUUAACUUGGCCCAGUUCCCCGACACGAUCACUGGCGGAGACACGGCACUGGUGGAGGUCCACGGUCUGUGUGUGAACGCCUCUGAGGAGUUCGAGGCUCCUAAGAUGUACUGCAGUGCAGACGGAGGCUGGCUGGUUCCCAUCGGGAGGUGUGUGUGCAAACCGGGCUUCGAGGAGAACAAGGACGUCUGCCAACCGUGCCGAACUGGUACCUACAAAGCUUCAGCCACUGAUGCCUACUGCACCAAAUGUCCUCCUCACAGCUCGUCCCCGCAGGAACAAGCCGUCGAGUGCGUCUGCGAGAAAGGUUUCUAUCGUGCCGAGGCCGACCCACGCUCCAUGGCCUGCUCACGUCCACCAUCUGCCCCUGAGAACCCCAUCUCCACGGUGAACGAGACCUGCGUCACCUUGGAGUGGUCUCCACCCAGAGACACAGGAGGCAGAGGAGACAUCAGCUACAGCCUCCACUGCAGGAAGUGCUCCGGAGACGGCAGGAAGUGCACACCGUGUGGUAGCAGCGUUCACUUUGUCCCCAGACAGUUUGGUCUCUCGUCAGCCAGUGUGCUGGUCACCGACCUGCAGCCGGACUCCAACUACAGCUUCACUGUUGAGAGCCAGAACGGAGUGUCCGACUUCAGCCCCACCCCCAGAGGAACGGUGGUCAUCAAUGUCACUACAUCCCAGACAGUGAGCGUGGUGCUGAAGGAGAGGCGGAGCAAGGACAGCGUGACUUUGGCCUGGCAGGGUCCGGAGAGACCAAACGGAGCGAUAGUGGAGUAUGAGGUCAUCUACUAUGAGAAGAACCAGCGGGAGCAGAACUACACCGUGUUGAAGACUCGCUCCAACAUGAUGACAGUGGACGGGCUGAAGCCAGGGACCACCUACGUGUUCAGGGUCAGGGCUCGGACCGACGGGGGCUACGGGAGCUACGGCGGAGAGAUUGAAUUGGAAACCAGCCAUGAAGAUGUUUUUGCCAUCGGGGACCCUAACCAGUCCACCAUCCUGGCUGUGUCCAUCGCCGGGGGAAUCGUCCUCCUCAUCUUCCUUGUGACUUGCUUCGUUGUCAGUGGAAGGCACUGUGGAUAUAUCAAGGCCAAACAGGACCCUGAUGAAGAGAAGAUGCAGUUCCAACACGGUAGAGUCAAGCUGCCAGGCAGCAGGAUUUACAUCCAUCCUCACACCUACGAAGACCCCAACCAGGCUGUCAGGGACUUUGCCAAAGAGAUCGAUGCUUCCAAUAUCCGCAUAGAGAGAGUCAUUGGAGCUGGAGAGUUUGGGGAGGUGUGCAGUGGUCGGCUGCGUGUUCAGGGAAAGAGGGAGAUCUACGUGGCCAUCAAGAGUCUGAAGGCGGGAUACUCUGACAAACAGAGGCGGGACUUCCUGUCUGAGGCCUCCAUCAUGGGACAGUUUGACCAUCCCAACAUCAUCAGGCUGGAGGGUGUCGUCACAAGAUGUAAACCAGUGAUGAUCAUAACGGAGUUCAUGGAAAACGGAUCUCUGGACACUUUCCUCAAGAAACAUGACGGGCAGUUCACGGUGAUCCAGCUGGUCGGCAUGCUGCGUGGCAUCGCCUCAGGUAUGAAGUACCUGUCGGACAUGAGCUACGUUCACAGAGACCUGGCAGCUCGUAACAUCCUGGUCAACAGCAACCUGGUGUGUAAGGUGUCCGACUUCGGCCUGAGUCGAGUUCUGGAGGACGACCCAGAGGCUGCCUACACCACGAGGAUGGGCGCGGGGACCGACUCUGGUUCAGCCUGA